AUGGCAGACAAGUAUCUCCUCCGCGUGACCGCCGGUUCCUCCUACGACACCACCACCCACCAAACCGUACAGGUCAACAAGCCCACCCCAACCCACAUAUCCACCGCCAUCUGUGACGCCAAAAUCUCUGUCCGGAUCCAAAACUAUCGAGGCUUACCACGCAAGUCUCCUACUACAUCUGCGUACUUCUCUCACGCACUUCACCUUCAUGAUCAAUAUAGUAUUGCCUUCACACUCCUCCCACACAAGUCAUUUCCCGGCUCUGCCCUCGUCUUCGGCAACAGUUUCGACCGACCAAUCCGUGACCGGCUGCCUCCGGGAACCAGUACCGCGUUACGGAUAGUGAAAUGGGCGAUCGAUCCAGGGUUGGAUGGGGAUCUGUACAGCGAUACUCCGCAUCUCUACGGCAAUGCACUCAGUAGCGUGAACAUACUACGUGUGGGGGAGAAGGUCAAAGAUGGCAAAGAUCUGCCGGAGCCUGUAGGCGAAGAGAAGGCGUUGGAGGAGGGGGGAGACGGAGAGGGCGAAGAGUGGAGGAAGAGCAAGGAUGUGCCGGAGACAGGCGACGCGAGGAAGAAGCACUUCCUCACGAAGGGAAAGACGGAGGAGUGGGAGUGGGAGGAGGGGAGGGUCUACGAGUGUGAUUUUUUCAAUCCAUAUCUGGAUUUCAACAGCUUUUCCCUCAAGCUUCCAGGCUUUUCGUUGUCGGUGUUGCCGUAUCUAGGGGGAACUGACUAUCUGCGGUAUGUCCUCAAAAUCAAAGACACGGACGAAGUGCUCUUUGUGGUAGUCUUCUCCUUGUUGCACAAAGAGGAUGUGGAGAAGGAAGAAGCAGAACUAAAGAAAGGAGGUGAAGAUACGAAGGUUACGAGUCAGGAAUCGCAAGGGGCGAGACAUGAAGGUGAGAAGGACUUCGAGCCAGAGGCAGAUGACCUAGAUUAA